AUGUCGCGGACUCAAUCCGUCAUCAGUCCCAAUUCGUCACCGUCGGCCGUAGAGUCUCCUCCGGCGAUGCAGUCCGUUACACCCGAGGCGAAGCAAGAAAUUCUCGAUGAAGAAGAAAAGGCACGCCUGGCCAAUCUCAAAGAAGAAGAGAAGCGACAGGCUGCUCUGAAAAGGAAGCGAAAGAACAAGAAACCGGAGACGAAGGCCGAGAGAGAACAAAAGGCCCGCGAGCUGGAUGACCUGUUGCGGAAGAGUGCCGCAUUCAGCGACAUUCUCACCAAGAAGACGCAGGUCUUGGGCCGUGUGGGCAGCGGUUUCGAUGGCAAGGCCCUUGGAGAACAUGACCUUGAGAUGGCCAAGCAACCCAAGUCUCUAGUUGGCGGGACGAUGCGCGACUACCAACUUGAGGGCCUCACAUGGAUGUACGAAAUUUGCCAGCAGGGCAUGUCCGGCAUCUUGGCCGACGAGAUGGGUUUAGGCAAGACUGUCCAAGUCAUCUCCUUGAUUGCUCUCCUGCGCGAGGAAGAGUACCUCGGACCUCAUCUUGUCGUUGCACCCCUGAGCACUCUGUCGAAUUGGAUCAACGAAUUCAAAAAGUGGUGUCCUUCCAUCCCUGCCAUCUUGUACCACGGAACGCCACAGGAACGUGCACAGAUGUGGAAGACCAAGGUCGCGAGGCACCUGAGCGGCGGACGCCCGACCGAGAAAUUCCCCGUCGUCUGCACAUCUUACGAGAUUCUCCUGAGAGAAAAGGCAUCUCUUUCCAGAGUCAAUUGGGGCUUCAUCAUAAUUGAUGAGGGCCAUAGGAUGAAAAACUUCGAUUCAAAGUUGUUCAGAGAAUUACGGACCUUCUCGUCAGCCACUCGGAUGCUAAUUACCGGAACCCCUUUGCAAAACAAUCUCAGGGAGCUAUGGUCGCUGCUACACUUCCUGCUUCCGACCAUCUUCACCGACUGGGAUGCUUUCGAAUCCUGGUUCGACUUUAGCGAUCUGGAGGACGCCGAAACGACCAAGGAGUUCAUCGGGGACCGAAUGAAACAGGAACUCGUCAAGAAGAUUCAUCUCAUUCUGCAGCCUUUGCUGCUACGAAGAAUCAAGGCCGAUGUGGCCAAAUAUCUUCCGAAGAAGCGCGAAUACAUCUUGUACGCACCACUGACCGAGGAACAGCGCGAUCUUUACCACGCCAUUGCCGACACGAAUGUGGACAGCCGUGCCUAUCUCCAGAACAAGGUCCUCUCUUCUCUCACCGCGGCCGCGGCCUCCUCGGCGGCCCCUAAGGACUCGAAGCAGGCGGAAAGUGGUGUUGGCGCCAAAAAGAUCUCACUACCAGUCCGAAGCAGUCCACGGAAGACUCGAGGAGACUCCAACGAUGCGAGUCUGGCAGCACCCAAUGCAUUUUCCUUGAUGAUGGGCAAGAAGGCUAGAGGCCGCUCGCCCAUGGCCAAGGCAGAAUCGUCGGCUGAAUCAUCGGCGCUCUCGUCGGUCCCAUCGUCGACCCCGUCGUCCAGCAAGCAGUCCUCUGCUCCGGCCAAGAGGAAGAGCCCACCCACAUCGGAGACACCCCCGUCGAAGAGCGCCAAGUCGAGCCGCCACUCUACACCGGCACCGGCGCCGGCGCCGGUGUCCACCCGAGGCAGUCGCAGAAGCACUCGACGGGCUCGUUAUACCGAGGCAGAUUCCGACGAGGAGAAGCUCUCUGACGAUGAGUUUGAAGCAAAGUUGGCGGAGGAGGUGGCCAAGGAGACGGCCCACGAAAACGAAAACGACCAUGUACCCGGCAUGACACCAGAAGAGGUCGAACGCACGCACAGCCUGGAACUUGCCAAGAUGGAAGUGGCGAGGAAGAAAAUGGGCAACCCGCUGAUGCAACUGCGUCUGGCUGCAAACAGCCCCCACAACUUUUACAACCCUUGGGGCAUCGCCGGCGGGGCCGAGGUCGACGAGACCGUCGUUACGGCAUCGGGCAAGAUGCUCCUUCUCGACCGUCUGUUGCCGGCCCUGUUCGAGCGAGGGCACAAGGUCUUGAUCUUCUCGCAGUUCAAGACGCAGCUCGACAUACUGCACGACUAUUGCGCCCUGCGGAAGCUGAACGUUUGCCGGAUAGACGGCAGCGUGUCGCAGGAGGACCGGCAGCUCCAGAUUGACGAGUUCAACAAGAAUCCCGACUUGAAGGUGUUCUUGUUGGCCACCCGAGCUGGUGGGCAGGGCAUCAACCUCACGGCUGCGGAUACGGUCAUCCUCUUCGACUCGGACUGGAACCCGCAGCAAGACCUUCAAGCCCAGGAUCGGUGCCACCGUAUCGGGCAGACCAGGCCGGUCAUUGUGUAUCGGCUAGCCACAAAGGGCACUGUCGAAGAGCACCUGCUUCUUAGCGUGGAGGCCAAGCGGCGACUUGAGAAACUUGUCAUCAAAGGUGGCAGCUACCGCACUAUGGGGCAAAAAUUGAAGAAGGAGGAGGAGGAGCUCGACGAGGAGACGUUGAAGGCGCUGCUCCUCAAGGAUGCUCAGGUGUAUAAGAACACUGGUGCUGAGGAGAUCUUGAGUGACCAUGACCUGGACAUUCUAUGCGACAGAAGCGACGAAGCCUACGAGCGUGCAGCCGUGGGCAAGGGGAACGCCGAUGGCUUCAAGGUCGUUGAAACCGGUGCAAACGGUAUUCUGACAGCUUGA